AUGGGCGGAGGCGAUGGAGGCGGUCGCGGCGACGGCGGCGGCGGCGAGGGCGGAGGCGGCGACGGCGGCGGCGGCGAGGGUGGCGGCGGAGACGGGAUUGGCGGCGAGGGUGGCGUCGGCGAGGGCGGUGGAGGCGACGGUGGCGGCGGCGACGGUGGUGGUGGCGAGGGAGGCGGCGGCGACGGCGGCGGAGGCGAGGGCGGCGGCGGGCUCGGCGGAGGCGGCCCGGGUGGCUGCGGAGGCGAGGGCGGUGGCGGCCUCGGUGGAGGCGGCCUGGGCGGUGGCGGUGAGGGUGGCGGCGGCGAGGGGGGUGGUGGCGAGGGAGGCGGCGGCGACGGCGGCGGAGGCGAGGGUGGCGGCGGGCUCGGAGGAGGUGGGCUGGGUGGCUGCGGAGGCGAGGGCGGUGGCGGGCUUGGCGGAGGCGGUGAGGGCGGUGGUGGCGAGGGUGGCGGCGGCGACGGAGGCGGAGGCGAGGGAGGCGGCGGCGAGGGCGGUGGUGGCGAGGGAGGCGGCGGCGACGGCGGCGGAGGCGAGGGCGGCGGCGGGCUGGGCGGUGGCGGCGACCGCGACGGAGGCGGCGGCGAGGGCGGCGGCGGCGAGGGUGGCGGCGGCGAGGGGGGCGGAGGCGAGGGCGGGGUCGGGCUGGGCGGUGGAGACAGAGGCGGCGGCGGCGAGGGAGGCGGCGACAAGGGCGGAGGCGGUGACGGCGGUGGUGGGCUUGGCGGAGGUGGGCUGGGCGGCGGCGGUGAGGGUGGCGGCGGCGAGGGCGGUGGCGGCAUGGGCGGAGGCGACGGAGGCGGCCGCGGCGACGGCGGCGGCGGCGACGGCGGAGGCGGCGACGGCGGCGGCGGGCUCCGUGGCG